CCAGCCCAUACCAACCCCAUUCCAAACCCCACCUACAGACUGACUUACUGACUGACUUGAGAAUUGUGGGAUCCUCACACCCCUCCUUAUAGCUUUGCCGACAUCCUGGAAUACCAUACUCCUCAAUAUAGGAAUCUCUCAUCUCCACCUGCGCCUUGUUAAUCCGAGUGUAGUAGUAGGUCUUUGCACCUCCCCUUCAAUUCAUUCUCCCAACCAUUCUAUACAUUCUCUUCUUCUUUCUUCUUUCUUCUUUCUUCUUCUUCUUCCUCUCUCUCUUUCCCCUUUUUCUUCUUGUUUUAUUUCAUUAUUAUUACAAAAAUCCUAGUGCUGUGAUUUGCUACUGAUUUCAUUCUUUCAUGCACUUGUUCCUUGACUUACGUACUAGUUACUAGUAGGAGCACUCCACUAAAAGCGCUUUAAAAUGUCAACAAGUGAUAUAGUCAUCCCAUAAUUGCUCAGCUCAACUCCCUCGUCUGUCUGUUGAGUUUAUCAAAGUUGAGGAAAGAAGAAAAAGAAGAAGGUAUGCACCGUUGCGGCUCUCAUGGGAACAUGGUGGGGCCAUGCUCUUGCGGCAGUUCCUUGUCUAUUUUAUUCGCUCCAUUGCCAAACAAGAUUAGCAAUCCCACCCAAACACCAGAUACCGACCCUUUGGCUUCAUCGUCUAUGGUGGAUUGCACUCUUUCUCUAGGAACGCCUUCGACACGCCAAACACAAGCCAUCUCCCAACGCUCCUCCUCCUCCUCCUGCAUGUCUCAUUUGUGCUGGGACAUGUUCCAUUCAAAGCAACCCCCAUUAUCAAGUUGUCAAAAGAGUGGAGGAGCUCGACCCAGCAGCAGCAGCAGCAGCAGCAGCAGCGUUGGCGACACUCGACUCGCUGCUCCUCGGAGGUGCGCCAACUGCGACACCACCUCUACACCCCUGUGGAGGAAUGGACCCAGAGGCCCAAAGUCCCUUUGUAAUGCAUGUGGAAUUCGUUACAAGAAGGAAGAAAGGCGUGCCACCACCUCAGCAUUGGAGACACCACAGCAGCAGCAGCAGCACCACUUGAUCAAUCACCACCAAUGGACCUAUGCCGCACAGCCGCAGAGACCAGCCACCGCUCUCUCCCCAGCUGAAUUCAGGCUCAUCGAAGAUGACGGCCAUGAUGGAGACUCCUCCCCUUUCCUUUCAUGGCGUCUCAGCGUCCCUCCUCCGCCACCCGACUUCCCCGUACAGUACACAUGACCUCAUCUGGGCUGCUUCACCAACCAACACCACCAUCUUCCCUUUUAUUACUAGUAGCUUCUUUUCUUCAAAUCCUCUCUCUAUCAAUGUAUUGGAUUUGAUGCCGAGUAAAAAUGCGAUAAUUCCUAGUUUAACUUGCUCACUUGAAAAAAAAAAAAUACACACAGAUAUUCUGUUUGUUUAUUCUCGCUUUUUUAGUCGUCGUUCGCUCCA